AUGGAUAAACGGGCUGAAGACAUGGAGGAAGCCGAGCCGAAGCUGGAUGGAGAGACACCGUUCACAGACGCGGGUCCAGGUGCGCCACUUAAUGACGCUCCAUUCUCCCAGCAGCUCGUGAAGUCGCAACGCAUCCUCGCAUGUGUACUUUGCCAUCAGCGCAAGAUCAAAUGCAAUCGAAAGUUCCCUUGCAAUAACUGCACCAAAACUCAAGCGCGUUGCGAGCCAGCCAUGUUGGCCCCGCGCCGAAGGCGCCGCAAAAUCCCGCCGCCAGAGUUGGUGGAUCAGCUUCGCGUCUACGAGAGCCUGCUUCGGGCGAAUAAUAUCAAAUUCGAUCACCUGCGCAAAUAUAAAAUUUCAACGAAUGAUUCCCCAGUUGUAGAGGAUGCAGAUUACUUAAAUCAAGAGAAAGAGCGUCUGAACGAUGCGAACCCUGCAGCAGGAGCAGAUUCGGAAACAGUUUACGAGGCCAAAAACUAUUGGUAUACCGUGAACCGAAGCUACCGAGAUAAUGACAGUGAUACAUCAUACGAUGAUGUGCGUGAUAACCCCAUCAAAACUACAUGGGAUUUGAUAUACCACGAAAAUGAUCAACUUCUUUUUGGCGCCCGCCAGGAACCUGCUGAUCUGUCCUCACUGCAUCCAAAUACCGUCCAAAUUUUCAGGCUUUGCCAUUUGUUUAUUGAAAACGUCAAUCCUCUUUUGCAAGUCGUACAUGCUCCUAGUCUCCAGAGUUGCAUCAUAGAAGCGGCGGACAAUGUGCUGAACAUUGAACCAAACUUCGAAGCUCUCAUGUUUGGCAUCUACAGCAUGGCUGUGGCGAGUUUGACGGAUGAAGACUGUAUUAACCUGUUUGGCACAGCAAGGAGCAUUCUUCUCCAGCAAUAUCAUCGUGGCUCUCAAGAAGCCCUUCUCAACGCUCGCUUUCUAAGAACAGAUAAUCGGAAUUGUUUAACCGCUCUGUUUCUCCAUCUACUCUCAAUAAGACCAAAAAUGGAUCCUCGCUCUGUCUCGUCCAUGCUUGGAAUUGCACUACGCACAGCACAGCGCAUAGGUCUUGAUAAUGAAUCGGACUUAGCCAAGUGCGAUGUUGUUGAAGCCGAGAUGCGUCGACGUCUCUGGUGGGCUUUAGUUCUAUUCGACACCCGCAUUUGCGAAUUGAUUGACACUAAGAAGACUGCGCUGACUCCCACGUGGGAUUGCCGCAUUCCUCUCAAUGUCAACGAGUCUGAACUCCGAACCGGACUGAGAGAUGGACCCAGAACUCAAACAAGGGUCAGCGACUCAAUUUUUGUCGUCGUGCGUGGUGUGAUUGCAGAUUUCAUUAGACACUCUUCUUUCUAUCUUAACUUUACCAACCCGGCCAUGAACGCUGCAACGAAGACCCCUAGCACCAAGUCUGGCGGGGAAGGCAGUGAGGUUGACGUCUUCGAAAAAGAGCUGGAGGAAAAAUAUCUCCAGCUAUGCGACCCGGAGAUCCCGCUACAGUUUAUGACCAUUUGGACUGCACGGGGUUUUCUCGCCAAAUAUCGCAUCAUAGAGCGGCUUUCAACGCUGGAUGGUCCAAUUGGAGACGCCCAGCGUGACGCUCUAAGCCUCAUGGCAGUGGACAUGAUUGCUUGCGAUAGUAAAAUCAUGACGUCGCCUAUUGUUCAAAGCUUUCUCUGGCUGAUUCAAAUGUAUCAUUUCCCAUUUACUGCAUAUAUACAGCUUUUGCAAGACCUGAAACGACGGCCUGCAAGCAGCAUUGCGGCACAAGCUUGGUCCAAAAUCGACGAGAAUUAUACAGCUCGCCUUUUCUUUCAAGAAAAUACAAAGAGCCCUUUCUACCAAAUGGUAUCUCAAAUGAUACUUCAGUCCUGGGAUGCUCGACAAGCGAAACCAAACGACCAAGUUCAGCUUGUGACAACACCAGGCAUAGUGUCGUAUCUUAAAAGCAACACCAGCUUAUAUCAGAUAGAGAAUCUGAAAUCUCUCCAUAACAUAUCCAUACCAAUCGCCAAUUUUACCAACUCGAACAACCCCACGGCGGAGAAUCUUCCUAUGAAGAUGCAAGAUAUGGGUUUCGACGAUGUAUACACGUAUUCUUUCAUGGAUCUCGACCCCAAUCAGCUACAAUGGCUUAGUAAAGACUGGGAUUAG